CGGAAGCCUGACGGACUUCAACCGGAAGCGGGACAAGUGCUAGCGUGCUACCGGCGGUAUAAUCCAACAAGAAAAUGUAUUAUUUGUAGCCUGAAGUUGAGGAAUAGAAUCCUUUUUAUUUUUGUCUUUCUCUAAGCCACGUUGCUGACAUUUAUCUUUACUGCAGUGGGGAGAGAUGGCAGUUGAAAAUUUCGUUUCAAAGACACUGGAGCUUCUGCAGGAAGAGAGGGAGGCUGAAAUAGAGGAAACAAGAGUGUGGAAGGAGAACAUCUCACUUAAAGAGCUUCAAAACAAAGGAGUGUGUCUGUUAAAACUUCACGUAGGAAGUCAAUCCACAGGCCUGUAUGGUCGCACAGUUGUUGUCCUUGAACCAAGGAAGUAUCUCGGCUUUUCUUCUCUUCCUAGCAAUAGCUUUGGACCUGGGGACAUAGUUGGAUUGUAUGACUCUGGUGGAUGCAGUGCGACGUCACAGAUCAGCACGGGUAUCGUGACGCGAUGCAGCCAGGCCUCGAUAAGUGUGGCUUUUGACGAAUCAAAGGAUGGGCUCAGUUUUGAUACAGAUGCUUUGUACAGCCUCUUAAAGUUGGCAAAUGAUGUGACUUAUAAACGAAUGAAAAGGGCUUUAAAUGCCUUAAAUGGAUACAACAAUGGACCGUCUGCCGAUCUGAUCAAUGUUCUCUUUGGAGAAGCCAAACCGUCUUCUAAUUCUCAACCAUGUGAUGUCAAAUUCUUUAACUCCAAUCUGGAUGAUUCCCAGAGAGAAGCAGUGACUUUUGCUCUGUCUCAGAGAGAACUAGCAGUGAUUCAUGGUCCUCCAGGCACCGGGAAAACUACCACGGUAGUGGAGAUCGUUCUGCAAGCUAUCAAACAAGGCCAAAAGGUUUUAUGCUGCGCCCCAUCGAAUGUGGCACUGGAUAAUUUAGUGGAGAGAUUAGCCCGGUGCAAGGCCAAGGUUCUAAGGCUCGGUCAUCCUGCUAGACUGCUGGACUCUAUCCAAAAACAUUCACUGGAUGCCAUCCUUGCCAAGAGUGACAACGCCAACAUCAUCGCUGACAUCCGCAGAGACAUUGACAAUGCUUUUCUGGGAAUGAAGAAAAACAAUGAAAAAGGAGAGCGGGGGAACCACAAGAGAGAAAUAGGCGAACUAAGAAAAGAGCUGAAAACAAGGGAAGCGACAGCCAUCACCCAGAUACUUAAAAGUGCCGAUGUCGUCUUAGCGACAAACACGGGCGCAAGUGACGACGGGCCUCUGAAGUUCCUGCCGGCCGAGCAUUUCGAUUGGGUUGUGAUUGACGAGUGUGCCCAGUCGCUGGAGAGUAGCUGCUGGAUUGGCCUGCUCCGAGCACGCAAGUGCAUUCUGUCUGGAGACUACAAGCAGUUACCACCUACUAUUAAAUCCCACGUGGCUGCUUCAAAAGGCUUGUCUCUUAGUCUUAUGGAGCGACUCAUCCAGAUGUACGGUGACUCAGUUGUGCGAAUGCUAACUGUCCAGUAUCGCAUGAAUAGUGCUAUCAUGGAAUGGGCCUCCAAAGAGAUGUACCAAGGAAGAUUGACAGCACACAGCUCAGUGCAAGCACACUUGUUAAAAGAUCUCCCUGGGGUCACAUGUGUUGAGGAAACAAGCACAGCUCUUCUUCUCAUCGACACAGCUGGCUGCGGACUGAUGGAAAUGGAGGUGGCAGAUGAGCAAUCCAAAGGCAACCAAGGGGAGGUUGACAUUGUAGAUCUGCAUAUUAAAGCCUUGACUGAAGCUGGGGUGAAAGCUAAAGACAUUGCUGUUAUUGCUCCUUACAAUUUGCAAGUUGACCUCCUGCGUCAGAAACUUUCUACAAGACAUCCAGAGCUGGAAAUCAAAUCUGUGGAUGGCUUUCAAGGCAGAGAAAAAGAGGCAGUGGUUUUGUCUUUGGUCCGGUCCAAUCGGAAAGGUGAAGUUGGAUUUCUGGCAGAGGACAGAAGAAUAAACGUUGCUGUCACACGCGCGAGACGUCACGUCGCCAUUGUGUGUGACACCCAGACUGUUCAGACUCAUUCUUUCCUCAAGACGCUGGUCAAUCAUAUCACUGAUUGUGGAGAGGUCCGAACAGCAUUUGAGUACUUACAAGACAUUGUACCGCAGAAUUACGUCCGUGACCACAAAGACACGAGACCUGACAACGAGAACGCGCAGAAAGUUGAAAGAAAAAAAGAAAGAAAGAAGAAAUCAAGUGGAACUAGCAGUAAAAAUAGCAACCAACAUAACAAUCCAAUGAAGUCACGUGUAUCAACGUUAAACGAGGAGGAACAGAAAAAAAAACGGGAAAGUGAGAUAAGAAAAAUGGUGGAAAACUUCCUUAAGAACCUCACUCAGAUGGAACUACAGUUUCCAGCGUCAUUCAACUCCCAUGACCGCCUGCUAGUGCACCAAAUCGCCGAAGAGCUGGGCCUCACGCACCAGAGUAAAGGUGAGGGGACAGAGAGAUGUAUCACUGUAUCAAGACCGGAGCAACCAAAACCACGAGAGGAGGAGGAAAGAAAAAAAAAUGACAAAGAGGGAACUUCCCAGGAGAAGGAUGUUCCUCAACAACCCCCGAAAGAGUUAUCACUAGAAAAUCCAUUGGAUUUAAAAAGUUUACAUUUAGAGCGGAUGCAGAGGGAACAGCAGAAAAGGGAAGAAAAUGCUCAACAAAAGAAGCAGCAAAAGAUCUCUGUUUCUACAAAUAAAUCCACUGUCACAAAAGGAAAGAAGCGAACCAAAGCUGGUGCAUGUGAAAUUGCAGCAGCUGCUUCUCCGAGCGACGACUUUGACGCCCUCAUCAACGCCGUGGUGAAGGCUGAGAGUGUGUGCAGUUUUGUCAAGUGUAAAGCUUCCGUGUUAACUCUCGGCCAGCUCUGUCUUUUCUGCAACAGGCAAUAUUGUCUCAGUCACCACAUACCAGAGGUUCACGGCUGUGGCGACAAAGCCAAGACACACGCGCGAAUGAGAAUAAGCAAGGAGGGGGUUCUUUACGCCGGCAGCGGGACAAAGGAUAAAUCAAUGGACCCUAACAAGAAAGCCUAUCUACACAGGAAACUGGACUCUAAACUUAAAGAUAUGGCAACACAGAGGAAAACAAAAAACAAAGACAUGGAUGGUUAACAACAGUGGAAUAAAUAGUGUCAGUUGUGCAAAGAAAUUUCUUGUUUUAUCCUUUUUUAUUUUGUAAACAAGAAGAUACAACACAAUGGACAGUUGGGUACUUUCAUCCACAUUAAAACACAAAAUAAUACAAAUGUUAGAGGCAGAUAAGUCAUGAUGCAAGCAUACUGUGUGGCAUUGAUAAAGCCAAAGUUACAACUGUAGACACGUAACUACAAGCAUACAUUAAUUUGGGUACCUUCUUUUUUUAUACAGUUGAGCCAGCUCUGACUGGUAAAUACAAUACCAGAAUUUCAUUUACUCUGGCUGUGCGAACAAUUUUGAACAGAAAGAUUUGAGAGGUAGUUUAUUUUUUCAAUGAUAGGCAUCCAAUACAUUUGAACUGGGUUGCCCUUGAAUGAGUUAAGUCAAAUUAAUGUCACAGAUUUCAGUAAACAGGGUAUACAAUAACUGACCGCAAAGUUAGGUACACCAGUGCAAUCAAAACGGAGCCGAAAAACAGCCGUGUCAACUAUUCUGCCUUUACAAAUAUACAGUUUGGAUACUGAGGCAUUAAUUUAACCCUGUGUUUAUUACAGUGGUUAUAAUUAGCAGUUUCCAUUGUAUAGAGAGGUGUUUCUAAUAUGUUUAUAAAAAGAAAUAAAUGUAACAAAUACCUAGGUUUUCACUGAAUAGUAUAAAUGUUCAAGUAAAUACAAAACUAGAUUUAGACAAGUCAUUGUAGUUGCUUGGCAUUCAAUUAAACAUGCAAUGUCUGACAUGCAGAGUUCUCAAUUCUAUUCAAGCUCACCAUUCUUCCCCUCUAAUAUAUUUAUUUAAAUAACUAAUCAAUUUACAAACAAAUACAUCGAAACAACCUGCAGAUUUCCUGUUCAAACACAUUUUCCUACACUAUGGAUGCAAGAUGCGGACAGAAAAAGGAAUUCCUAUGAAGAACUGUGCGUUGAUCCGGCUCCUUCAAUUCAGUGAAUAAGGAGAAAACAGC